GUACAGGAUGUUUUUGACACUAAAGACCAUUUUUAUUUUUUCUCAUCAUAGUGUUGAUAGAAAAGGAAGAAACAAUUAAAAGUCCAAUAGUCAAAGGAAAAUUUGGCAGGUGUUCCUGUUUGGAAGAACCUCAUUUCUAUGUCAAACCAUAAACAUUAAGAGGAUUUCACUCUGGUCAUUUGGUUGUCUGUCCCGGUGUGUCUGACACAACAUAAUUUGCCGACCAAUGAGUGAGAUCAAAGAGGACAAUCCUUCUUCUGAUAAGGGCAGAGUUAGUUCACUUGUGUUGUAGACUUCAUGAUGUUGGACGUUGUGCAUCUCAUUACUUCAGGCAUGAAGCAGAAAGAACAUGCCUACAGUCGUCCAUGGUGCUGGAAGAGUGACAAUCUGAGGCUGUCUUUGGUCUUUAAUGACUUGUUUAGAUUUUCUCUACAAGAAAAUCCUCAUGAAGAACAUCCGCAAAUCAGUUCCUGUCCAUGUGUUUAGGUGUGCUUGAGUUAUGCUGUCGGUAAAUGCAUCAGCAAAUCCAAAACAAAAGAAGAAGUACAUCUUCUUCUUCUUCUUCUGCCUAUCUGCAUUAGUGAUUGUUGUGUUGGCUUGCUAUGGUGAAUUUCCCAGUUAGCACUAGCUACAAUUGGGCUAACUAUCAUCGCGAUCAAGACUUGAAAUCGCAGCAAGUUUGUAUGACACUUUUCUGUGUCAUACAAACUUUGGUUGUUAUGCUACGGCCGGCUUGGCGUUGUGAGCAUGCAGCCAGUGAACCAUGAGAUCUCCCAUCUACCUUUAUGAUUGGACGCUCUGCUGCACCUGUGCCUCAUAUAGACUUCACCCGCUAAGCUAAUCUCCGCUGCUAGCUGUGGUCAACUCGGAGCAGGAUGCCGAUAUAAACAGAUGUACAGAGAUGGUUAAUGACUCGGAAUAAACGCAACUGGUCACACAGCACAAAUCAGCGGCUUGUUUAUGUUUGUGACAUGCAGAGAUUUAACUACGGCAGAAAUCUGCUGGACAUGGACACCUUCUCCAAAUCAGACCCAAUUUGUGUUCUCUACACUCAAGGCAUGGGCAACAAGGAAUGGAGAGAGUUUGGGAGAACGGAGGUGAUUGACAACACACUAAACCCAGACUUUGUGAGGAAAUUCAUGCUGGACUACUUCUUUGAAGAGAGACAGAAUCUCAGAUUUGACUUGUACGAUGUUGACUCAAAGAGUGCCAACCUGCAGAAACACGACUUCCUGGGCCAGGCUUACUGCACCCUGGGAGAGGUGGUUGGAUCGCUGGGCAGUCGCUUGGAAAAGCCUCUUGGGGGCAUUCAAGGGAAGAAAUGCGGGACCAUUAUCGUGAAAGCCGAGGAGUUGAACAACUGCAGGGAAUCGGUGAUGAUGCAGUUCUGUGGGACCAAGUUGGACAAAAAGGAUUUCUUUGGCAAGUCGGAUCCGUUCCUGGUUUUCUACAGGAGCAACGAAGACGGCACGUUUACCAUCUGCCACAAGACCGAGGUGGUGAAGAACACGCUGAACCCUGUGUGGCAAGCCUUUAAGAUCCCCGUGAGAGCUCUCUGCAACGGAGAUUACGACAGAACAAUCAAGGUGGAGGUUUACGACUGGGACCGAGACGGCAGCCAUGACUACAUUGGAGAGUUCAGCACCAGCUACAGAGAGCUCUCUAUUGGACAGAGCCAGUUCAAUGUCUAUGAGGUGGUAAAUCCCAAGAAAAAGGGAAAGAAGAAGAACUACAAAAACUCUGGAACGGUGACGCUGCUGUCCUUCCUCGUGGACGUCGAAGUCACCUUUCUGGACUACAUCAAAGGAGGGACCCAGAUCAACUUCACGGUGGCCAUUGAUUUCACAGCUUCCAACGGAAACCCAGCCCAGCCCACCUCUCUCCACUACAUGAACCCAUACCAGCUGAACGCCUACGCCAUGGCCCUGAAGGCGGUCGGCGAGAUCAUUCAGGACUACGACAGCGACAAGAUGUUCCCCGCACUGGGCUUUGGGGCCAAGCUGCCGCCGGACGGACGGGUGUCCCAUGAGUUUGCCCUGAACGGUAACCCUCAGAACCCGUACUGCGCAGGCAUUGACGGCGUAAUGGAGGCCUACUACCAGAGUCUGAAGUCCGUUCAGCUCUACGGACCCACCAACUUCUCCCCCGUCAUCAACCACGUCGCCAGAUAUGCUGCUUCUGUGAAGGACGGUUCUCAGUACUUUGUGCUCCUCAUCAUCACCGACGGCGUUAUCUCGGACAUGGCCCAAACGAAGGAGUCGAUUGUCAAUGCUUCAUGUCUCCCAAUGUCAAUUAUUAUUGUGGGAGUCGGUCCAGCAGAAUUUGAUGCCAUGGUCGAGUUGGAUGGCGAUGAAGUCAGAAUCUCAUCCAGGGGAAGAUUUGCAGAGAGAGACAUUGUUCAGUUUGUUCCAUUCAGAGACUACGUCGACAGAAGCGGGAACCACAUCCUAAGCAUGGCCCGGCUCGCAAAAGACGUCCUGGCCGAGAUCCCGGACCAGUUCCUUUCCUACAUGCGGACCCGGGGGAUAAAGCCUUCGCCGGCGCCGCCUCCCUACACGCCGCCGGGGCAGCCCGUCCAAACCCAGAUAUGAGGAGCUGUCGAGAGUCAAAAGUCUUACAGUCAGGUGUUCUCCGAACUUCACGCGCAAAAUACUUCCGUCUCCUUAAAGCCGCUCUCCAUGCUUUGCCGUCAUGGAUGGCCCGGGGUUAGGGGGGGUUCCUCGCGGUCAGGAAGCUGCACGUCAGGCCGGGGAAGAGGUGCUUUAGAAGGAAAACGCAGCAAGAGUCUGUUUACUUCCACUAUCGAGCAUUCCUGUAAUUGUCUGGAUUUUGAUAUGAUGUUUGUUGUUUUUCUUCUAUCGUGUGGGUGUGAGUGCGAGUGAAACCUAGAAUAGCUUCGGAGCGAGCCGAUGGAUUCAAACUGUGCGGAGAAAGGAGAAGCAAAAACGUGAAGAAGUUAAUGAUCUGGGUUUCAGCUUGGGGAAAAUGUGAAGAGAAUGUCUCCAGACAAAGAAAAAAAGUCUCUUAAUCUUCUGUUAGAAACAAAAAAAAAAAAGGAAAUAUGUAAAUUCUCUUUCUCUUUUCUCUCUCUCAGACUCAUUGUUUACAGUAAAUGCUAGCAAAGAUUUCUACUGUUGAUACUUUUAUAUACAUACCGUUUCACCAUGAAGGUUGUAAUACUUUUUCUUCUCCUGGCUUUAUGUCAGGUAGCUGCAGUGCAGGUCCUGGUAGCCCUUCUGUACCGUACUGUGCUGUACCGUACUGGACUGUAUUCUGGUGUUUGUAUUAACCUUUUGCAUGCAUGUAGCCUCAGUCAAGUGCAUGCAGACAGUGACCAUGCACUACCUCUUUUCUCCAUACAUGUGUUUCUGGGAUGUAGAUUCCUGUGUCUCACUUUACUUCUUUUCCUUUGUGCCUCUCACUCUUUUAGUAGCUGUAUUUCCAUCCAACUUAUGCUUCUCUCCUUCUUUCCUGUGCUUUAUUUAUUUAAUAUGAGUUUUUAUGUAAUUUCUCUAAUUUUCGAAGUUUAAAAGGUUUGUUUUUAUGAUGGAAAGUUUUGCGCAGCACUUUUACCCAGACAACAAACACUUUGUUUGUUGAAUACAACUCAAAAAUGUUUGAAUUACAAUCCCAUCGUCAGCCGUUUGAUUAAAUAGUCAAACGAAUCGGUUGCGUUUUGUGCUACAAAAUGCUAACCUUCCAUAAUAUUAGAAAUGUACCACAACAUCAUAAUGCUAGCUUUUCUAUUUAAUGUUGUAAACAUUAAGAUGUUUACAAUGUAUAACUCAGACAGGUAAAAAGAAAUAGCCAGAUAUCAGAUAGCCUCCAACAUUAGCUGGUUGUUUUGAGCUAGCCUACCGUCCGCAGCCAAACUGAACUGGACUGUUAGCAUGUUGUUGAUUCUUCAAUCUGUCGUAUACAUUAAUAUAUAUAUUGGUUACCCCUAGUCCAGUUUUUCAAAAUUAAUAAAGCUCUUCAAACCUCUUCUUUAAACAGAUUCCCUUUUACAGCAACUUGCCAACAUCAGCUGGCUCUUUUGUGAGCUAGCAUAGCUUCCGUAGCCAAACUAAACAGAACUGCUAGCAUAUUGUGGAUUCUUUCUUUUCUCAUUUUUUUUUUGGUUUUCUCCAAGUCCAGUUUUUCAAAAUUAAUCCAAAUUUACGGCACUUGAAACACUUUUGAGCGACUCUAAAUUUUAUGUAGCAUUGUUGACUGUUGAAUGGAAAUGUAGCUACUGUCUUCAUAUUCAAGUCUCUUUUUUUUCUUCUCUCUCUCUCCAAACUUCCUUGCUAAUCAUGGCCAAGGGGUUUAAUGUCAUUGUGUCCUCACACCACUUUCCUCCCGCCAUGUUCAACACCUCAGCAGCUGCUCUCAAACUAAACGCUGUUUGAGCAAAAAGAGCCCAGUGGUCAAAAAUGCAUAGAAAAUCUAAAUUAUCCCAUUGCGUGCGUUUGGUUUUCGUUUUUCUUUCUGGUUCUUCGUGGCGAGCAUGUACGUGCGUUUGCAGGUUUUUAUUACACCUUGUAGCUUUGAUACAACUUUGUACACAAGUUUUACUAUUUGUAUUUGUAUAUGCCAUGGUUUGUGCGAGUCGUUAUCCACCGACAACGUCCGAUGAAGUAACACUGAUGUCUUCUAUUUUCGUUGCGAAUGUGGGUUGGAUGCUGUCCUGUCAGCGAUGAAUGGGAAUAAAAGAUUGAAUGAAAUAACGUAACAGCAGGUAAAUUAUAAAAAGGUUACUGAAGUAAAAUCUUUCCACACAGGGAUAGAGUACUUAAUAUUAGUAAAUACUUUAUUCAUGAGCUUGAUGAGUGUCAAUAUAAUGUCAAAAUGAGAAAUAUAGGAUAAAACUCUGAAUGAAAAUUUUUUUUAAUUGGAUAAAUUCAAAUCUUUUAGGCUUAAAUACAGAGUAGAUUGGGAAAUUACUUAUUCAAAAUGUUGCGUCUGAAAGCCAAACAUGUGGCAUUUUCUUUCUCCCUCUUUCUCAUGUGCGGUCACGUAUGUAGUCAUGUAGCAGUCUGUGUGUUUGGUAGCUUAGCACAACUGCUGUGUUCAAAGCUUAGCUGGACACCUCAUUAGGACAGCAGGUCAAAAUGAGCAGCUCAUUACUGCAGCAGAUGCGGUGUAAAAACACAAGCACUAAACUGGAAACUAAUCCUGCACUGUGGGGUUUAAUACGGGCUGCAUUGAUUGGAUGGGCAAAUGUGUUUCUGAUGUUCGCUCUGCAUAACAUCGACUACUUACUUGCCAUGUAAAACAGUGCCGGGUAGAGUUCAGGUUCUUUAUUUAUUAUAAGUUCAACUGUAGAUUAAAAGUAAAGUGUCAGAGAAAGUUAGCCAGGACUGUAGAGUGGAGAGUGAACUGUUUUCUGACAACCUGUCGGUGCUUUAUUUCAUUUGGAAAAUUGGAACAUGCUUGUCUAGUUAAUGCAGAGUAGGAUGGUGGCGCUCCAAUUUCCCCAAAGGUGGCAUUCCAAAAAAUUUGUGACCCUAAAUGUAAGCCCUGGUAUACAUCUUAAGUCAAUAGAACAGGAAUAAAAAGAAUUGGCAGUGAGAAUAUACUUUUUCCCAGUUGGUAACUUUUCAUCUCUUCUAACGUUUAAAGUACAAACAAGCUUCAGAGAUGACAUUUUUAGGGAUUCGUUUAGAUAUCUGAAGAUGAUCUCAAGACACUUUUCCUCUUUUAUAACUGAUCCAAACUUUGGAAAACCCAGAAAAAAAGAAUAUACACUGGGAUUUUUUUAUAUAUAUACAGAUUUUUGGGUGCCCCAGUGACCUUGUAUUGAAUAGUCGGUAAACAAGAAAUAGGAUGGAGAGAGAAGAGGAAGACAUGGAGCAAAUGGCCCAAAACUGGGAAUUGAACCCAGGAUAACUCCAUCGAUUAGUACCUCCGCUGCUGCACUUGGUGCACACGUUCUACCAACUGAGCCACCCAGCGCCCUGAAUACACACUGCGUAAAGUGAUUCAUAUCCUAGCCAACUAAUACAAGUUUUCACUAAAUGUUUGGCCGUGACGAAAUAUCAACAUUCUGAGAUUCCAUUUCUGUGGCCAAGCAAUCUAAAUAAUUUGAUUAUUAUUUCAUUAAAUACUUAAUUGGCCACUUGGUGGCAGUCAUAGACUCUGUGGUGUACAACCAUACCAAGAUGGUCAGGCAGCCACUAGUUAACAUCACCACAUGGUGUGUGAUGUUUUAGUUCAUUUUUUUUACAAUUUUUUACACAAUCUCCUGUGUAAUUGACUACAUUAAUUAUGUCCUUCCAUAAAUAUUAGGACCAGAAUCCUGACUUUAAAUUGGAAUUUAAAAUUUUAUAGUGUUUUACACAUCGACUGACGAUCAGGACGGAGAUUUUUCUCAGCCCUGAGUUCUCAUGUGAAGCAAAUCGCUUCGGCUUUUAGUUCCUUUUGCUUAAUUUCUCAUGCUGUCUUUGCUGCGCCUGGUUUUUUCUUGGCUAUGCAUAUAUAUAUAUAUAUAUAUAUAUAUAUAUAUAUAUAUAUAUAUAUAUAUAUAUAUAUAUAUAUAUAUAUAUAUAUAUAUAUAUAGGCACAGCUCAUUAAAUCUGCCUAUUCAUGAAGUCAGAAGCGUAUUUAUCAAAGUGUGCGUAUGCGUGUAAAUUACUCUGUGUGUGGGUGUGUGCAAGGCAUAUUUAUAGGAGUUUUUUUUAUAUAUAUAUAUAUAUAUUAUUAUACCAAGUGAAAUGUUAACACACGUAAGAUUUUUGUUUACUAAAGAUAAAUAAUAUGUUGUAUGCUUUUCAUAUCUUCUUAACGACGUGCACUACUAUGUUUGCAUGUACAGUUUUACAAGGGAUGCACCAGUUCCUUUUGUUGAAAACUCGAGUGUUUUGAAAUCUACAGAUUACCUACAUGAAGGAUUAACUGUACAAAAUGGCCUUAAAUCUUUCGCUGAAUUGUGCGAUGCCUUCUUCAGAAAAUUGUUUUAUUGAAAACGAUUUGAUCCGUAUCUACUUUGUGUCGGUGUUUCUAUUGCUUUCUUGUGUUUUCUUUGCACAAAGUUCAGUUCUGGGAUUUAAAAAAAAGAAAAAAAAAAGUAUAUAAAUCUAUAUAUCUUGUACUUUUUCUGAACCCGUGAUUGAUCAGAUAAAGCAUGGCGAAGUACUGAUUGUCUGAUAAUACAUAGAUGACUAUUUCUGUAUUGAACUAUGGAUUUUUAAAUAAAUAUUCAUAUUAAACUCG